AUGGAGAGGGUCAUGGAGAGGGUCAUGGAGACGGUCAUGGAGACGGUCAUGGAGACGGUCAUGGAGACGGUCAUGGAGACGGUCAUGGAGACGGUCAUGGAGACGGUCAUGGAGAGGGUCAUGGAGAGGGUCAUGGAGACGGUCAUGGAGAGGGUCAUGGAGAGGGUCAUGGAGAGGGUCAUGGAGAGGGUCAUGGAGAGGGUCAUGGAGAGGGUCAUGGAGACGGUCAUGGAGACGGUCAUGGAGACGGUCAUGGAGAGGGUCAUGGAGAGGGUCAUGGAGACGGUCAUGGAGACGGUCAUGGAGACGGUCAUGGAGACGGUCAUGGAGACGGUCAUGGAGACGGUCAUGGAGACUGUCAUGGAGACGGUCAUGGAGACGGUCAUGGAGAGGGUCAUGGAGACGGUCAUGGAGAGGGUCAUGGAGACGGUCAUGGAGAGGGUCAUGGAGAGGGUCAUGGAGAGGGUCAUGGAGAGGGUCAUGGAGAGGGUCAUGGAGACGGUCAUGGAGACGGUCAUGGAGACGGUCAUGGAGACGGUCAUGGAGACGGUCAUGGAGAGGGUCAUGGAGAGGGUCAUGGAGAGGGUCAUGGAGACGGUCAUGGAGACGGUCAUGGAGACGGUCAUGGAGACGGUCAUGGAGACGGUCAUGGAGACGGUCAUGGAGACGGUCAUGGAGAAGGGCAUGGAGACGGUCAUGGAGACGGUCAUGGAGACGGUCAUGGAGACGGUCAUGGAGACGGUCAUGGAGACGGUCAUGGAGACGGUCAUGGAGACGGUCAUGGAGACGGUCAUGGAGACGGUCAUGGAGACGGUCAUGGAGACGGUCAUGGAGACGGUCAUGGAGAGGGUCAUGGAGACGGUCAUGGAGACGGUCAUGGAGACGGUCAUGGAGACGGUCAUGGAGACGGUCAUGGAGACGGUCAUGGAGACGGUCAUGGAGACGGUCAUGGAGACGGUCAUGGAGAGGGUCAUGGGAGACGGUCAUGGAGACGGUCAUGGAGACAUGGAGACGGUCAUGGAGACGGUCAUGGAGAGGGUCAUGGAGACGGUCAUGGAGAUGGGGUCAUGGAGAGGGUCAUGGAGAGGUCAUGGAGAGGGUCAUGGAGAGGGUCAUGGAGAGGGUCAUGGAGAGGGUCAUGGAGACGGUCAUGGAGACGGUCAUGGAGACGGUCAUGGAGACGGUCAUGGAGACGGUCAUGGAGAGGUCAUGGAGAGGGUCAUGGAGAGGGUCAUGGAGAGGGUCAUGGAGACGGUCAUGGAGACGGUCAUGGAGACGGUCAUGGAGACGGUCAUGGAGACGGUCAUGGAGACGGUCAUGGAGACGGUCAUGGAGACGGUCAUGGAGACGGUCAUGGAGACGGUCAUGGAGACGGUCAUGGAGACGGUCAUGGAGACGGUCAUGGAGACGGUCAUGGAGACGAGGGUCAUGGAGACGGUCAUGGAGACGGUCAUGGAGACGGUCAUGGAGACGGUCAUGGAGACGGUCAUGGAGACGGUCAUGGAGACGGUCAUGGAGACGGUCAUGGAGACGGUCAUGGAGAGGGUCAUGGAGACGGUCAUGGAGACGGUCAUGGAGACGGUCAUGGAGACGGUCAUGGAGAGGGUCAUGGAGAGGGUCAUGGAGACGGUCAUGGAGACGGUCAUGGAGACGGUCAUGGAGACGGUCAUGGAGACGGUCAUGGAGACGGUCAUGGAGACGGUCAUGGAGAAGGGCAUGGAGACGGUCAUGGAGACGGUCAUGGAGAGGGUCAUGGAGACGGUCAUGGAGAGGGUCAUGGAGAGGGUCAUGGAGACGGUCAUGGAGACGGUCAUGGAGACGGUCAUGGAGACGGUCAUGGAGACGGUCAUGGAGAGGGUCAUGGAGACGGUCAUGGAGACGGUCAUGGAGAGGGUCAUGGAGAAGGGCAUGGAGACGGUCAUGGAGAGGGUCAUGGAGAGGGUCAUGGAGAGGGUCAUGGAGAAGGUCAUGGAGAAGGGCAUGGAGAGGGUCAUGGAGACGGUCAUGGAGAGGGUCAUGGAGAGGGUCAUGGAGAAGGUCAUGGAGACGGUCAUGGAGAGGGUCAUGGAGAGGGUCAUGGAGAAGGUCAUGGAGAGGGUCAUGGAGAGGGUCAUGGAGACGGUCAUGGAGACGGUCAUGGAGAGGGUCAUGGAGAGGGUCAUGGAGAAGGUCAUGAAGACGGUCAUGGAGAGGGUCAUGGAGAGGGUCAUGGAGAAGGUCAUGGAGAGGGUCAUGGAGAGGGUCAUGGAGACGGUCAUGGAGACGGUCAUGGAGAGGGUCAUGGAGAGGGUCAUGGAGAAGGUCAUGAAGACGGUCAUGGAGAGGGUCAUGGAGAGGGUCAUGGAGAAGGUCAUGGAGAAGGGCAUGGAGAGGGUCAUGGAGACGGUCAUGGAGAGGGUCAUGGAGAGGGUCAUGGAGAAGGUCAUGGAGACGGUCAUGGAGAGGGUCAUGGAGAGGGUCAUGGAGAAGGUCAUGGAGAGGGUCAUGGAGAGGGUCAUGGAGACGGUCAUGGAGACGGUCAUGGAGAGGGUCAUGGAGAGGGUCAUGGAGAAGGUCAUGAAGACGGUCAUGGAGAGGGUCAUGGAGAGGGUCAUGGAGAAGGUCAUGGAGAGGGUCAUGGAGAGGGUCAUGGAGAGGGUCAUGGAGAAGGUCAUGGAGAAGGGCAUGGAGAGGGUCAUGGAGACGGUCAUGGAGAGGGUCAUGGAGAGGGUCAUGGAGAAGGUCAUGGAGAGGGUCAUGGAGAGGGUCAUGGAGAGGGUCAUGGAGAAGGUCAUGGAGAGGGUCAUGGAGAGGGUCAUGGAGACGGUCAUGGAGACGGUCAUGGAGAGGGUCAUGGAGAGGGUCAUGGAGAAGGUCAUGAAGACGGUCAUGGAGAGGGUCAUGGAGAGGGUCAUGGAGAAGGUCAUGGAGAGGGUCAUGGAGAGGGUCAUGGAGACGGUCAUGGAGACGGUCAUGGAGAGGGUCAUGGAGAGGGUCAUGGAGAAGGUCAUGGAGACGGUCAUGGAGAGGGUCAUGGAGAGGGUCAUGGAGAAGGUCAUGGAGAAGGGCAUGGAGAGGGUCAUGGAGACGGUCAUGGAGAGGGUCAUGGAGAGGGUCAUGGAGAAGGUCAUGGAGACGGUCAUGGAGAGGGUCAUGGAGAGGGUCAUGGAGAAGGUCAUGGAGAGGGUCAUGGAGAGGGUCAUGGAGACGGUCAUGGAGACGGUCAUGGAGAGGGUCAUGGAGAGGGUCAUGGAGAGGGUCAUGGAGAGGGUCAUGGAGAAGGUCAUGAAGACGGUCAUGGAGAGGGUCAUGGAGAGGGUCAUGGAGAAGGUCAUGGAGAGGGUCAUGGAGAGGGUCAUGGAGAACACAUUCAGAGGUGGAUCUUACCCGAACACAGCUGCUCGAUCUUGGUGUAGGUGA